UGCCACAUUCUCACUUUGCCUUUGCCUUCACACAGACACACUCCCAUACUACGAUCACAAUCUGCUCCUGUAACUGAGUCCAUGUCGUAUGACCAGGACAUCUGCUACCUCUGCAAAGAGGACCUGAGGGACCCCGUGUCCAUUCCCUGUGGUCAUAUCUUCUGUGCCAUCUGCCUCAAGACCUACUGGGACCAUGCUGACCACACGGGCCAAUUCUUGUGCCCGCAAUGUCGAGUCAGCUACAACAAGAGGCCUGCCCCACGCCGCCUGAUGUCUUCUCGCAACUCUUCAGUCCAGAAGCUUUCAGAGUCGUCCCCUCCAACUCCUCCAUCUCCAGACUACAACUACGCCGGCCCCAGGGAUGUGGCGUGCGACAUCUGCAUUGGGAAGAAGCUCAAAGCUGUUAAGUCGUGCCUGAUGUGCCUGGCAUCGUACUGUGAGAAGCACCUGAAACCUCACUAUGAGUCGGCGACCUUCAAGAGGCACAAGUUGGUGGAUGAGAUCGGGCACCUGGACAGGCAGAUCUGCCCACAGCACCAGAAAGGCCUGGAGCUCUACUGCCGCACAGACCAGAUGUGUAUCUGCGUGCUGUGCACUGUGAAGGAGCACAAGGGCCAUGACAUGGUAUCAGCCGAACAGGAGCGAAGCGAGAUGCAGCAACGUCUGGGUGCCACACAAGCUGAGAUCCAGGAGAAGAUCCAUGACCGAGUGAAGCAGAUGGAGGAGUUGAAACAAGCUGUGGAUGCAUUAAAGAGCUCAGCUCAUCGGGCAUUGCAGGAGAGCGAGAAGCUCUUCGGAGAUAUGCUUCGCACUAUCGAAAUGAUGCAACAGGAAAUGGCCAAGCUGAUUUCCUCGAAUAAGAGAGCAGCACUAAAUACAGCUGAGGGCCACAUGGAACGAUUGGGGCAGGAGAUCGCCGACUUGAAGAAGAGAGACAAUGAGCUGACGCAGCUGUCGCGCACAGAGGACCACAUCCACUUCAUCCAGAGUUACCACAUGCUGAUAGCCCAGACAGAUGCUGAAGAGCUGCCCACAGUUAGCGUCAACCCUUACUUCUCCUUCGGCUCCGUUACCAAGGCUGUCUCGGAGUUGAAACAGCACCUGAAUGAGUAUGGCAAUGAGGAGCUGGUCAAGGUGGCCACCACGGUGAACAAAAUGACUUUCUGUCAACUAGAGGACAAAAAGGGGAAGAAGUCUAUAAAGGCUGAUGAAGUUGAUGUGUAUAAGACUCAGAGGUCUCUAAGCCAUGCACCUCGCAGCCAGACUCCACGCACCAGGGACGAAUUUCUCCAGUAUGCCUGCCAGAUAACUCUAGACCCAAACACAGCAUACAGACAGCUCUACCUUUCCCGAGGCAACAGGAAAGCAGCACUGAAGAGAGACCCCCAGUCCUACAACGACAGCACCCAGAGGUUCGACUGCCUGCCCCAGGUGCUCUGCAAAGAGGCCCUGACUGGUGGCGCCUACUACUGGGAGGUGGAGUGGAGCGGUGAGGGUGUCUCCAUCGGCAUCACCUACAAGGGAAUCAAGAGGACAGGCUACGGUGAUUCGUCCCGCAUUGGCUACAACCGCAAAUCCUGGGGCCUUUUCUGCUCCGAUUCCAGCUACUCAGCUCGCCACAUGAAAGAUCAAGUCGAUGUCAAUGCGCCCUACUCUUCUCGCAUCGGGGUUUUCCUGGACUAUGAUGCAGGCACACUGUCCUUCUACAGUGUAGCAGAAACUAUGACACUUAUCCACCAGUUUAAAGCUUCCUUCAGUGAGCCUGUCUAUCCUGGAUUCUGGGUGUGGUAUGAGUCGGCCAUCUGUAUUUGUCAGCUGUAGUUCUGUGUACUUGGUUUAGGGAGAAAACAGUAAAAUAUUUUUUUGAUAAUUUGAUAAUAUAUAUGUGUGUGUGUGUGCGUGUGUGUGUAUAAAAUACACAUACACACAUUUCAUUUUAUUUUUUAUUGUACAUUAGAUCAGAGAACUUGCAGUGUGAAAAAUAAUGUGAAUAAGUAACAGUAAACUGCAAAGUAGAUAAGCAAUUUUGUUAGUGCACUUGGUGUCGUCUGCACUGAGUGAUUUGCAGUAAAGCAUAUUCAUGUAUGUGUGUGUGUGUGUGUGUGUGUGUGUGUGUGUGUUCAAAUUCCAAUGCUGGUUUGUAUUCACAAAUAAAAAGACAAUUAAAAGCAAUCUGAAA